AUGUAAACAUUAUAGAAUAGAUUCUAAUACCUUGAGAAAGAUUUGUUAGGUCGUGGCUCAUUUGGUAGAGUUUACAAAGGUAAAGACACUCAAAGUGGAGAAGCUGUAGCCAUAAAAAGUAUUUCUGAGUCUAUAUAUGUUAGUUAUGGAUAUGAGUUUGUUUGAUGAUUAGUUUAUGAUUGAUGCUUUGCGUAAGGAAAUAGAAAUCAUGAAAAAACUCUAACAUCCAAAUAUUGUCAGACUUAUAGAAACUUUUGGUGAUGCAAAAUAAACAGUAAAGAUUAUUAGAUAACUUCUAAUAGGUAUUGAUUAUCGAACUUUGCGAUGGCGGUGACUUAAGACACUUUCUGAGCAGACAUGGAGGAAUGCUUGAAGAGGCUUUAGCUUAACAAGUGAUGCAAUAAUUGAUGCUUGGAUUCUAGGAGAUGAUAAAAGGAGGGUAUAUUCAUAGAGACAUCAAACCUGAGAAUUCCCUUAUUCACAAGAAUGUACAUAAGGUUGCUGACUUCGGAUUCGCAACCAAAGCCGAUAUUACAGGAAGACAACUAAUAAGAGAUUGCGUUGGAACUCCAAUUUACAUGGCACCCUAACUCCUUCAAAAUACUGCAUACACUGCAAAAUGUGACAUUUGGUCUAUUGGAGUGAUGGCUUAUGAGAUGCUCUAUGGUAGAUAGCCUUGGCCAUGCAGAGAUAUCAACUCAUAUCUGUUGAAUAUUAAAUCUUCUCCAUUAAAGUUCCCAAUUGAAAAAAAAGUCUCAGAAUAAUUCAAAGAUUUCAUUAAAAAGUGUUUAACUAUUGAUGAGAAUUAAAGAGUUGGAUGGAACGAAGUUUUCAAACAUGAAGUGCUUAAGAUUUCUCAAGAAGACAGAAAAUAUGUAAAAUACAUUUAUAAUGUAGGAUAACUUCUAAGUUGAUGAAGUGUCCAAACAAAUCCUAGCCAAUAUAUAAAAGAUUAUUUAAGCUAAGAAUUUAAAUGUAGAAUAACAAUUCAAGACAUUUGAUUAAGAUAAAGGUGGAUUUUUAGAUUUAAAUGAAUUUAAUAAUUUUGUUCAAGCUUUAGAUCCAAGAGUAACACAUAAAGAAGCUGAACAUUUAUUUAAACUAGUAGAUAAAAGUGGGGAUCAAAAAGUAAACAUUGAUGAGUUUAAAAAAUUAUUUUGUGAUUAUGAUUACUCUAAUUUGAAAGAUGUAGCUGAAAGACUUAUUGUUGAUCUAAAAGAAAUUAUCAAAGCCAAUAAUUUGAAAAUAGAGGACAUUUUCAAGAAUUUUGAUAAAGAUAGAUAAGGUGAUUUAGAUUAUGAAGAAUUCACUAAACUUUGUCAUAUUGUUGCUCCAGCAUUGAAAAAUGAAGAAGUUUUAGUAGUAUUUACAAAAUUUGAUAAAAAUAAUGAUAAAAAAAUCAGCUAUGAUGAAUUCAAGAGAGAACUGUCUUAUGGAACUGAUCAAGAUUCAUAAUUUAACCCAGCUAAAGAAAAAGCAAAUGUAUUUAUAUAAUUAAUUGUAGAAAAUACUUUCAGAAUUAGUGAGAAUUGUAAAAUAAAAUAAUUUAAAGGUUGAAUAAAUCUUCUAAAACUUUGAUAAAAAUAAGAAUUAAAAGCUUGAACUGGCUGAAUUUUAACAAUUAUGUAAAGUGAUGGAUAAUUCAUCGACACUUGAGGAGUCAAGUCUUGUUUUUAAGCUUGUUGACAAAAAUUAAGACAAUUUAGUAGACUUUUAAGAAUUUUCUGCAUUAUUCAAAUGAGAUAAACAUAAAAGAAUAAAUCAAAUACAUUUAUUGUUAACAAUCA